CCCACUCCCUCAAACACCCACUUUUGUUUGAAACCCAAAAACCCCAAAAGCCAGAGCACCAGUGGCACAAUGGCCAUGAGGUCGAUCUCAAUCUUGUCCUCCUCCGCCACCAUCCAGCGGCCACGAUCCUUCCUCCGAUCGUCAUGUUAGCCGCCGCAUCCUCCUCGUCCACGUGGCUCCGAGCCCGCCGGAGCCGCUGUGUGUUUCUACUCCUCUGCUCCCCGAUUAUAAUCCCUUUCCUCUUCGCCACCUUCCCUCUUCUCUGCGCCGCCGAGCUCUGCCUCCACCUCUGCCGCCGCCGCCCUGGAAAAUUGGCCCACGACGAAGCGGACGCCGAUCGGCUGCGCCGAUGCGAAGAAGGGCGAUGCGCCGAGGUGGAAGAGGAGAGGAGAGAAGAGAUGGGGCUGCUGCAGAGGUACUUGGAGGAUCAACUGUUGCUGGUCGGAUCUGUGUACGAUUGUGGAGACUACGAUGAAGAUUUGUAUCAGGGGAUUCAGGACUACGAUGAUAAUGAUUCUAACACCCCUCUUUUGGCUUGAUUGCAAUUUCCAUGCUUUGCUUUUCUUUUUUUUCUGUUACAUUUUUGUAUAUCAUACACAUUUUCGAUUUUGGUAUAUUUUGCUUGUCAA